CACCAUGAAUUUUCUUAUUUUUAGGUGGCAUCCACACCCGCAACAAGGCCACAAGGAUUGAAUUGGAGGACCCGCCCUCGUGUCUCAGAAAGAAUAUAUCAAAUUCGACGUAAAGAUAUUAACAUUAUAGUAUACUUUUUGGUACAAGUUUAGUUAGAUUUAGUACAAACUAAGCAUUUUCAGUAAACCCACGGUUAAAAAGAUUUUUGGAACUACAAAAGGAGAUACUUUAUUUAGAAACCCUAAGCACUAAACAAAGAUUUAUUAUUAACUUAAACUCCAAUGUCACUUUUGGGCACUUAAACUCAUGAAAACUUCCCCAUGCCAUGCCUUCUUGAUUUCUUCAAGAUAAAUCUUUGUCUUUUUAAUUUAUACUCCAUGUCGGUACCGACUUUCUUGAUUUACUAUUUUAAGUUCUUUAGUUUCGAUUCUCCCAUUAGAAACUGGGAUGCUCUCAAUAAAAUUACAAUAUUAUCCAUUCUUAUACAAAAUGAUCUUUCUCAUAACUAAAGAAGUUAAGUUGAUCGUUUUGCCAUAGAGAACUGUUUGAUCGGUUUGUGAUGUACUAUGUAUAUAUAUAAUAUAUCCUAUCUGAAUGAAAUUAUCAUGAUUUAAAUGGUUUUAUCAGAUAGCUUGUUUGUAGGAGAUGGCAAAACCAAUUGUUGAUUAUUUUUUUAUUUUUCUGCUUUCAAACUUUUUUUGUUUGACCAAUUUCUGAAUGUUGUCCUGCCUGGAAUGAUUUUAUUUUAUUUUAUUUAUUUCUUGCUGGCAUAAACAAUUACCGAUGAGAAGUGGCUUUUUGUCUUGCCUAUGGAAUUGUCGGAAAACCCUAGCUUCCACUUUUUCUGAUCAGAAAAAUCAUAUAAUUAAGUAUGUAUAGAUAACCCUUAUAUAUAAAUGUGCUUCAUUCACAUCAACUAAAAUCAUAAUCGCUUCGUUAAUGACAAAGGCAAACGAGAUGAAGAACACAAACACAAAGUUAAUCACACUCGUUAUAGGGUUUCUCGUCCUCGUGAUGAUAAUGCAUCUUCCUCAUGCGCUUCAAGGUGGAAACAUAGAUGUAGGUGGAUCCAAAUACGAAAACUAUGGUCUUAUGCUAAGCGGCAGUGAUCCUCUCUUGAUGGGACGAAAGCAGUUAAAAGGUCUAAAGCCUAUGGAGUCUGGAACAAAGAAAAGAUCAACAAAAGCCUCGAGAGAUUCAACAAAAGAAAUUGAUAAUCUAAUGAGAAGCGACUAUCCGUCACGUAUGAAAGGAAGGAAGAGGACUCCAAUACAUAACUGAUAGCAUAUGGUCAUUAAAUAGUUUAAGAAACGUAGAAGUUCACUAUAUUAGAAGAAAUGUUAAUCAGGGCUAUAUAUAAAACAUAUGUUUAGACUUUUUCUUACUUUUUGUUUUUUAAUCUUCAAACAAUGUAUUCUUACUUUAGACUCAUAUAUUAGAAACUGUAACCUUCAUUUUGUACAUAAUGAGUGACUUCUACGAUCAUCUCUUUACCAAGUGGAUCAAGCUCUUGUUUGCUUAUGAUAUAACGAAAAUCAACGAAACCUCAGAGAAUAUUUUGUACGUCAAAUCCUUUGGAUUUCUCUUUUUUUUGUAACACUGAAUCGAUAUCAAUAACUAUUUUUAUUAAGGCAAGAAGACGGGUUUUAGACAAUAUGUAUGUAUCUAUCUUAAGCUUGUUCUUGAAUCACGACUUGUAUCUAUAGGCAGGCCAAUAUCAGUCUUCUAACGGCUAUGUCGAUUUCUGAAUAGAAAGUGAUUGAUGAGACAAGAAGAAAUACACGACAAAAGCCUCCAUCGGGGACCAAAUGAUAAGCAUAUUCGAAUUCUGUAACAAGGAGUUUUAUUUUAUAUAUAUACGACACUUUUUUUUUAUCAUAAAAAUCAAAUUUCAGUUUUUAUAACCAAAAUUACAUGUAUAACAAUACUUUUAUUUAUCAAAGGGAGAUGAAUAUACAUAAACAAAC